UUUUGUUUUUUUUAUAAGCUGAUUACCAUCUUCUUUCGAGGCGAGAGACCUAGAAAGGAAACUACAGAUUCGAACCGACAUCUCAAAACGAAGAAAGUUUUCUCCCCUUCAAGGGUUUUUUUGUCAGAAGGUUUUUGUGUUCAUUAGGUAGGAAAUGGCGGUUGUUGAUCAUUCGGCUUUCAGUAUAUUUAGAGGACAGAGAUUGUACGACGAUGAGCCACCUCUAAACAAGAACACUAACGACGUCGAGCUUCAUCGUCGAAUUCAUGAUCCCACACCUUACAUUGUUGUCGUGCAGGGACCUCGCAAUGUUGGGAAGUCCCUGUUGAUUGAUUCUCUAGCAGAAAAUAAUUUAACGAGGCUUGGUCAUUUUUGUUCGUCCCCCAGAGUCACCCCGUCCACUGACUCCCACAGAAUCACCCUCCCCGUCACGACCACAUCAGGUAAAGAUAUACUGCUACAGUUUGUGGAGUGUCCGGAUGAUAUUAGUGGCAUGAUUGAUGCUGCAAAGUAUGCUGAUGUGGCGAUACUAAUGGUUGACGCAAGUUAUGGGUUUGAAAUGGAAACAUUUGAGUUCCGUAACCUUUUACAAGUUCAUGGCUUUCCAAAGGUUAUUGGGGUUCUUACACAUCUGGACAAGGUCGAUCAACAUAAAUUAUUAAAAGUCAAACAGCGUCUUGAGGAUCAUUUCUGUACUGAAAUAUGUGAAGGAGCAAAAGUAUUCUCCUUAUGCGGUCUCGAAGAUGGCUUGUACAAAAUGCUUGAAAUUUAUGGUCUGGCAGAAAUGCUUUCAGAUUCUCAAUUCCUUCCUUUGUCAUGGCGGGCUGAACAUCCUUAUGUGCUGGUAGAUCAUUUUGAAGAUGUUACUCCAGAAAGAGUGCAUGGGCAUAAACAAUUCAAUAGAAACUUAAGUCUGUACGGUUAUCUCAGAGGUUCUGAUAUCAAGAAAGGAGCUAAGGUCCAUAUUGCUGGUGCUGGUGAUUUCUCUUUAGCCGGCAUUACAAACUUAGAUGAUCAUUAUUGUGAUCCUUAUCCGCUCUUUGUUGUUGGACAAAGCUACUUCAAAACAGGGAAUUAUUUAAGGUUGGAUAUUCUUGACGUUCCUCCUGAGAUAGUUGAAAAUUUUGAUUCCCAUCAUCCUAUUCUCGUGGGAGGUAUCAUUCUGGAAGAGGAAAAAUCUGGAUUUAUGCUGGUAAAACUUAGGCGGCAUAGUUGGCAUAUGAAUUUGUUUAUGUCAGGAGUUCCAAUCACUAUUUCGGCUGGUUGGAGGCGUUAUCAGACAAAUGCUAUUUAUGCCAUGGAAAAUGAAAAUGGACAGCAUCAACUUCUCACUAGAACUCCAGAAAACAAGGACUGUCUUGCAGUGAUUUGGGGCCCUCUAGCACCUCCCAAGACCAGAAUUGUUGCUGUACUGAAUAAAUUUUAUUGUUUUAAAAAUAAGGUAGCAUUUCGGAUUAUGGCCAAGGGUGUUGUUCUUGAUUUUAAAGAUGACACACAGAUAUUGCUGGAAGUAGGGAGGAUAGGAACUUUUGUUCCCAGCGGGAAGUCUGCUCAUAUAAUGUUUGAACCAAAACUUCAAAUUGAUAGGUUCGCAGGUGCAAUUUAGACUACGAGCGGAAUUCUGGGGGACAUUGAUCAGGUUGCAGGAGGGGAGGUUUUUGAAUGCACAUUUGAGGACAGGAUUCCAAGUGGCGACACUAUCCUCUUUCCUGUUUUGGCCUCACUCGUGCUUCCUUCAGUCUUCCAACAGUUAAAUUUGCUCGUCAAACCUUUAGAGCUAGCUAUCGAUGCUGCCGUCGACGACAUUACCGUCGCCGCCAUCAUUGCCAGCGCUGCUGCUGCCGCCAUCGAUGCCAGCAUUGUGGCCAGCUUGGCCGUCGGCAGCGUCGUCGGCAAGGACGAGCUUGCUGUUUCAUACAAAGAGGUUGCUCCGAGUCGGCAGAUGCUUGAUCUGCGACGUGGUGUGGUUAUCCAUGAGGGGGAAUGUGGAUUUGUUACUUCUUCUAACCCGCUAGAGUUGUUCUAUUUAUCAGUGGAGCUUGAUCGUUGUGUGGCCCGGCAGAUAUCAGGAGAGGUCAAGGAAAAACACAGUUUGGAUCCAUCAGGAGAGGAAGCCAUGUUUAUGUCAUCUAAGAUACAGAAGGAGAAGGCACAGGCAAUUAAGGGAAUUAAGGAGAAGGCAAGUAAGGAAAUUAAGGAGAGAGAACGUUGUGUGGCCCGGGAGAUAUCAGGAGAGGUCAAGGAUAUAGGCAGUUUGCUUGCUACUAUGCCGUCUAUGAUUAAGAAGAGAAAAUAUUGUGCGGCUUGGGAGAUAUCAGGAGAGGGCAAGGGAAAAGAAAGUUUGGUUCAACCAGGAGAGGAAGCAAAGGUAGUCGCAGAUGCUGCAGCAGCGGAACUUUUUUUGCGAUUGUACGGUAGGAUGGCAGUGUCUAUGUAGUUAUUAUCAUAUAUUAUGGAUUUGCUUAAUUCUCCGAGUUUGUUACUUGCCCAGAAUCUUAAAAUUAUCCUUUUGAUCUUACUUUGCUUAAUUCUCCUGAGUUUGUUACUUGCCCACAAUCUUAAAAUUAUCCUUUCGAUCUUAGUCAGAUCUUUCGCAGUAUAA